GCAUUGGAGGACCUAUCCCAGCAUGCAGAGCGAGAGCCUCUCACACAGCAAAAACCGCAACUCGUCUCUCUGAGAGAGAGAUAGAGAUAGAGAGAUAGAAAUUAGAGAAAAGCGACACAGCUAGCUCGUAAUAAUACUAUUAAUAAAGAAAACCGGGCUCGUAGUUUAAAUCCGUAGCCCCCUUUUGAACGGAAACCGCUCUCGUUUAAACCAACGAACCCCCCCAAAAAAAACGGGGUAGAGGGAGAAGAAGGGAGGUCCGGCUUUCGGUUUUCGGUCUCCCUUUUUCGGGAGGAGGCGAAGCAGCAAAGGGGUUUGCGAUCCUAGUAGCGGUGCUUUUUAGUAAAUUAAUCCCUUUCCGUUAUUGUGGGUCUAUGAAAAUAAACCAGAGGAACCGAGAGGGGAAAGAGAGAGAGAAAUAUCUACGGUACCCAUCCGCCGUGCCUCCCGAAACCGUGAAUACAAAAACACAGCCACAAACCAAACGAAAACAGCAUCAGUAUCUGCACAAAAACACACAGCUAGGUAAAUUAAAACAAGCCGAGAGACCAUGAUUAAGCUUUUCUCCCUCAAGCAGCAGAAGAAAGAGGAGGAAUCGGCCGGAGCCAACCGCGCAGGCGGCGGGGGAAAGAAAUCCAGCGCGGCGCAGCUCCGGGUCCAGAAAGAUAUAAAUGAGUUAAACUUGCCGAAAACGUGCGAAAUAGUUUUCUCCAAUCAAGACGACCUCUUAAACUUCAAACUAGUCAUCAGUCCGGACGAGGGGUUCUAUAAAGGUGGUAAAUUUGUCUUCAGUUUUAAGGUGGGACAGGGGUAUCCUCACGACCCCCCCAAAGUGAAAUGUGAGACCAUGGUGUACCACCCGAACAUCGACUUGGAGGGCAACGUGUGUCUCAACAUCCUCAGAGAGGAUUGGAAGCCAGUGCUGACAAUAAACUCCAUUAUUUAUGGACUUCAGUAUCUCUUCCUGGAGCCCAACCCUGAAGAUCCUCUGAACAAGGAAGCAGCCGAGGUCCUUCAGAACAACCGGCGCCUCUUUGAGCAGAACGUACAGCGGUCGCUGCGGGGGGGCUACGUGGGCUCCACUUACUUUGAACGCUGUCUGAAAUAAACAGAGCCGGGCUGAGACACACACACACGCACGCACGCACGCACGCACACACACACACACACACACACACACACACACACACACGAUCGCUGCGGGGGGGCUACGUGGGCUCCACUUACUUUGAACGCUGUCUGAAAUAAACAGAGCCGGGCUGAGACACACACACACACACACACACACACACACACACACACACACACACACACACACAGUCGCUGCGGGGGGGCUACGUGGGCUCCACUUACUUUGAACGCUGUCUGAAAUAAACAGAGCCGGGCUGAGACACGCACACACACAGUGAGACACACACACUGAGACAUGCGCACACACACAGACACUGAGACACACGCUCAGAAAGACGGACACACUCACAGACAGAGACUGACACACACACUCUGACAGACUGACACGCACACACACUCAGACAGACAGACAGACAAACAGACACUGAGACACAGACACACUGACAAGCAGACAGACACACAGCCAAGCAGACAGACAGACACUGAGACACACACACACUCAGAUAGACAGACACUGAGACUCACACUCAGACAGAGGCAGACAGACGGACGGACACACUCUCACUCAGACAGACAGACGGACGGGUUCUGUUCCCGGUUGUUGAUCUGUUCUCAAUGCUGUGUUUACGUUGGAAACCUUCCCAUCUGACAAACAAUAAAAACGUGAAUAUUUUUCAAA